GACUGUCGAGGUAUUCAUUUGUGCAGACACAUGUGGUCGUGUCCCUUUCUGUCCGUCGAUAUCAGAGCCCAUCCACCUGUUGACCCAUCCAUCCAUCCAGCCAGCCAGCCAGCCAUGCGACAAGACACCAGUCAGGCAGCCAGGCGACCCCGAGCAGACAGACACCAGACACACAUCAAUUCUCUACAGCAGACACGGCCACACUCAUUCGCACGAGCAAACAGACAGCCAGCCGCGUAGACCUUUCUCUCUGUACACAGACAGGCAUCAUCAAAAUGCUCAAAGACAACCCGCGACCGGCCGACCAUUGACAAAGAGAGAGGGCUAUAUAAUAUAUAGACAUCGAAAUGUAUGCAUGAGUGUGAAAGAAAAGACCACUGAAUAAACAACACAGACAGACAUGUCGUCCAGGCAGCCAUGCAUCAGGUGUGUGUGGAUUUCGCUGUUGAUUGAUAGGCUGGUUGCUAGUGGCUCUAUCAGUGACGGCCCUCUGCAAGGUGAGGGCUCCUCGUCACUCGGCAGGGGUGCCAUACACUCGCAGUCGGUAUAGGCACACGAAGUCGCUGCCGUGAUUCGACGCCACCUGCAGCGUCACCCUGACGACACACACACACACGCAGAUGCACACACAGAGUGGUUGCAGGGAGGCCGUCUGGUCUGACUGACCUGUCGACAGGCCCCUGUCCGUCCAUUCCGCCCAUCUGCACCACCGGCGACUUGCUCACAGCCGCCGGGUGGUCCAACACAAACGCCCCCCAGUCCAGCCAGUGGUCCUGCCGCAGCUGCUGCCCACACCGCUUGACGCCCUUGCGGAUGCGGCACUCGCCCGGUGGCCCUCCUGACGCUGGGAGUAGUGCUGAUGGUGCUGUGGUAAUGUUGGGCAAAGUGCUGUGGGCGCCGUGUGUGGUUGUCGCAGCUGGGGCGGCCUGCGGCUGGUUGGCAGGGUGGCCAAAGAGGUGCAUCUGUUUGGGGGCGGACUGGACGUCGGUGGCGUUUGUCUGCAGAGAGGAGACGUGGUGGUACGAGACAGAAGACACCCAGAUCUGACACAGACACACAAACCACACAUGAGCACCAUCUGGCCACCCCCCCACGCCCCUCUCUCUCUCUCAGUUAGCUCACUGGUAGAGCGAAUUUGACAGUGACAUUUGCCGGCAGCCUCUCGUGGUAGAAGGGGAAGCAGGAGCCAGGGGCGAUCUCGUGUCUAGGGUCCAGCAUCAGGGCGGCGCGGCUCUGCGUCUCGACCGCAUCGACCUCCAUGUGCUGGUGCAUGAGCUGCGCCGCCACGUCUUUGAAGGCCGAGAGGUUGAACGACGCAAUGGUGCGUGCGAGGGCGGUCCGGGGGAGCAGAGGGGGGCGGCUGUCGGAAUACACGUCAGGAACAGUCCGCUCAUGGUCAAUACGUGCACCUGCGACAACGGCAUGCUCAGUCAGGCAAUGCGUCCCUCGCCCACCUUCGUCUCUCACCUAGGUAGAGAGAUGCCCAGUUGGUGGGUCUUUCGAUUCCGCCCGCCAUGACCUCCACGACCUUGUCCUUGAUGUAGCCCUCGAGCUUGUCUGCCUCGGGCACCACUGCCGACCGGAGCACCUCCUGCACACUCACAACGCCAUCAAGCUGGCUCCGAAGCGCAUCAAUCGACGCCCUCAGCUCCACAAGGGCAGACUCGGUCGACUGGACACAAACAUGGGGGGGAGGGAGGGAAGGAGGGAGGGAGGGACGCAGGGAGAGGAAAGUGGUCCAUGUGUGGUUGUGUGUGGGUGUGGUUGUGACGGGGGACAUACAUUAUCGCGGCGGUUGGUGUGCUCAGUCUGCUGCUGUAGUUGCUUCUGCAGUGCCUCCGCGUGCGCCUUGACCGCAUUGUACUUGCCCUCCAACUCAGCGAGACGGGCAGGUUGCGCCGACGCCAGAUCUGAUCGACAUCAAAAUGCAGAGGAGACCACGGCACGUCCAUCCGUCCUCAUCGUGGGUCACCUUGCAGAGCGGUGAGGGUUUCCUGUGUGUCAGCUGUGGACUGCUGCAGCCGCCCGAUGGCCACAUUGGCGUCGGCGAUGUCGCGCUUGGCCGUGGAAGUCACCGACGACACCUCUGCGGAAAAAGGAUGAUUCAAUGGCUGCUCGGCUGUGACGCAUGCGCGUUCGUGUGUACCCUGCUGCAGCAUUGCUAAUGAGUCGUUGAUGUGGCCGACACGGCCGUCCAUCGCUCCAACCUGCAUGCAGUCACGUCCGUGCAUGUGUGUGUGUGCUGUGUAUUUGGCGUGCAGUGCAUCCUUUUACCUGUAGCUUCAGCGCGUCGGUCUCGUUGGUUUGGACGCCGAUGAACGAACUCAACUUGCUGUCCAACAGCGCAUACUGAUCAAUCAAACAAACAAACGAAACGUCAAAAGGGAAGGUGACUGCACGCCAGCAGUGCACCCAUCCACCUGUUGGUCAUUCCGCUGGCUAAUGCUCUCCAUCUUGCUCAACAGCUCAUCUUUGGCACCCGUCUGACCCUUCUAAGCCACACACACACACACAGAGAACACAGAGAGGGACCGAAUGCAAUCACAUAGCCUCCCUCCCCUCUCCCCAUUGCCUACUACCUUUACGUCGGUGAUGUCCUUCUGCAUGGCCUGCAUGCCCCUGGCCAUGGCCUGCACCUCACUGUGGGUCGCGUUUAGGUCCACUGGGGUGCCGGGGGCGGCCGGGGAGGCCGGGAUGGUCUUGGUCUGCACCCAUACCGAGAACAUGAGGCCGAACAGCACCACCAGCAGCACCAGGCCAGCCAGGAACGCGAGAGCAGCUGCAACCAACACGCAACCAACACCACAGCCAUCCAUCCAUCCAUCCAUCCAUAUGUGUCUGUCUGUACCUCUGACCCACCUCACCUCCAGGGCCUAUGUUAUAGCCGCCGAGGAUGUCCAUCACCCAGUCGCCCGUCAGCCACUCCCAAUCCUGACUCUCACCCUCACCCGCCAGCCCCUCCUCACCCUCCUCAACAACCUCGUCAUCGUCAGCACCAGCCGCGGCAGCCGCAGCAGCAGCUGACCCCCGACCGUAGCUCGACUUGCGCGUGCCUCCGGUCUUGCGGCUGGGCGAGCGGCGCAGACGACCGGUGCCCUUGUCACCCUCACCGCUCUCCUCGGGCACGGGAGUGUCCUGAACCAUCAACCACCACACACACACACACACACCACGCACACACACCAAUGCAUGCAGCAGGGCAGGCUGUCAUGCGUUGGUCAUUCUGCAUGCAUCACCUGGAGUCUCAUGUCCAGACCCCCUCCCACGUCGCGCCCAGGGGUGCGGGGAUUGCGGCCGCGACGACGGCUGAUCACAGCGCCACAGUCACAGAGAGAGGAAGAGCAGCAUCUGACGUGUGGAUGUACGGGUGUCAGAUGGCGAGUGCUUACGUGUGCACACGUUCGGCGAUGGACUCUCCUCCAGUCGAGUUGUCAUCGUCAUCUUUGUCGUCAUGUCUGUUGCCGAGGUCGCGGAGAGGGUGGCGGCGACGGGCAGCGACCGCUGCUGCCAUUGGUGGUCAGCUCAACCAACGUCACCUGAUGCCAUGGGAUGGAUGGCCAUGCACAUGGCAAUUGGCACAUGGCAAACGCACAGAACGGACAAGACGCUCAGUAUUUCCAUUGAUGCUUGUGCAUUCACGUCGGCCUGACUGCGUCGUGAAUGCUCCUUACUCAGAGGUCCUCGUUCGUGUGGGAUGCCGAAUGCCGUCAGCACAGGCGUGACACUGACGGGCAAUGACGGGAAUCAGCAAAAGCACCUACCGCAAUCACAGCGGUGGCUCCGCAACAGACGGCAUCAUGCUUAAUCAAGGUGGAAAUGAGAAAGGCCCAAAC